ACAAGCACACCUGCCACGAUCGACUUCGGUCACUUCGAGCAGUGGGCAGUGGGUCGAUGUCAAGUCCGCUGUGUCUCGCCGAACAAUGGAGCUUUUCAAAGCUCUGAGUUUAUUCAACAGACGUAAAUACGAGGAAUGUGCGACAAUAUGCACGAAUUUAUUGCGCAAGAGUCCGUUGGAUCAAGCUGUGUGGGUUUUGAAAAUGCGCGCAUUGACGAUGCAAGUUUACGUGGACGACAUCGAAGGCGAGGAAGAAGGCAUCGCCGAAAGCCUUCUGGAUAAUUACACGAUCGCUUCGAUGCCCAGACCCGGAACCUCGUUGAAAAAUCCUGGCACAGCAGUCGCUGGUCAAGGCUUCCGUCCGAAAACGCAAUCAGGAAGACCCGUUACGGGUGUCGUCAGGCCUGCCACGCAAUCAGCAGUCUCACUGAGCGUCGAACAGGCUCUCCGGACUCCGAGAACUGCCAUGACUUCGAGACCCAUUACAGCAAUUAGCGGACGCAGUGUCAGACUAGGCACGGCGUCCAUGCUCACUGAACCUGAUGGACCAUUUAUUCAACUUUCUCGUUUGAACAUUACAAAAUACGCGAGUAAACCGUCGAUCGCGAAGCCACUUUUCGAGUACAUUUAUUAUCACGAACACGAUGUUGGAUGUGCACUCGAUUUAGCGGUUCAGGCAACUCAAAACUGUCAGUAUAAAGAUUGGUGGUGGAAAGUUCAACUAGGAAAAUGUUAUUACACUCUUGGCUUGGUGAGAGAUGCUGAACAGCAGUUCAAAUCAGCGCUCAAGGAUUGCAAAAGCAUAGAAACAAUUUUACGACUCAUAAGGGUUUACGUACGUUUGGAUCAACCGUUAGGAGCUUUGGAUCUUUGUAAACGCGGACUCGAAUAUUUUCCCAAUGACGUUACAAUCCUCGUCGAAAUGGCACGAGUUUUCGAGGGGCUUAACAGCGUCUCAAUGACUGUCAAAUAUUACAAAAGUGUCGUCCACGAAGACUCCUCGAAUACUGAAGCUAUUGCUAGUAUUGGCAUGCAUCACUUUUACAACGACCAACCGGAAUUGGCUUUGCGAUAUUACAGGAGACUUCUUCAAAUGGGAGUUUACAACGCGGAGUUGUUGAACAACCUCGGCUUGUGUUGUUUUUACGCGCAACAGUACGAUCACACGUUGUCGUGUUUCGACAGAGCGUUGAGUCUAGCAACCGAUGAAAAUAUUGCAGAAAUAUGGUACAACAUUUCCCACAUUGCUAUAUGUCUCGGCGAUUUGGUGAUGGCCGAAGAAUGUCUUCGGUUGUCGACUGCGGCAGACAAUAGACACGCCAAUUCUUACAACAAUCUCGGUGUUUUGGAGAUGAAGAAAGGAAACGUGACAGCAGCGCGCACGUAUUUUCACGCCGCAGCUGGGAUCGCUGGUUACAUGUAUGAGCCGCAUUUCAACAGCGCCAAUCUCGCUUACGAAGUCGGAGAUUUGCAGACGAGUUAUCUCGCCGUCCAGAAAUCACUUUACGCUUAUCCGGGUCACUGCGAGAGCAGAGAACUUUUCAGAAAACUAGAAAGACAUUUUUUCCAUAUGUAGGGUGUGAUUGAAACGUUGGUACUAUAUAAACUGAGCAUAACAAUAAUCGCUUUAUUUUUUACGUACCAUAACCAAGCUAAAAAUGGAGUUGUUGAAAUA